GUUCUUGAUACUGGGUAGCAGACGACGAGGUUAACAUGUCGAAGCGAAAUAUAUUAAAAAUUACUUUACCUAAAAAUAAUUUCCCUGUGUCAAAUGAAUUGAAAAAUAAAGAACUAAGGAAGAGAUUAAUUGAAUUAAAUGAUCCGCUGAUAUUAGUAAUAGGAUGGGCAGGUGGUAUAGACAAGUACGUUUCCAAGUAUAGCGAUAUUUGGGAAGAAAAGAACUGCAUCACAGCUAGAUAUUGUGUAUCGGCAGCUGAUGGGUUUUCUUCUAAAGAUACUGGAACUCUUGCCGCAGCAAACAUAGUUGAAGAGUUACAAGAACGUUUGGGAGUUGAAAAGCGCCCUGUUCUCAUACAUUCUUUUAGUAAUGGCGGAGGAUCCAUCUACAGACGUUUAGUACAAAAUGAUAAUUACAAGGAAUUGAAAAUUAUAGGAAGUAUUAUUGACUCUGCACCUGGUAAAAGGAGAUUACUGGGUGGAAUAAAUGCCGUUAACUCAACUUUAAUUGCAAUGAACGCACCUUUAUUAUACAGAUAUGCAAAAGUUGCUGUUUUUAUCUUAAGAAGUGUUUUAAAAGCUAUUUGGCAAACUUUUUGGGGUAAAGUCGACCAUGUUUACAAAGGUUUAAUACAUAUUCCUGUAAGAUGGCCGGAAGGAUACAUAUACAGCGAGAAAGAUGAUGUCAUAUACGCUGAUGAUGUUAGGGAAUUUAUUGAUAACAGAAAAAGAAAGGCGGGUGGUAGCUUCGAUAUUGAAACAUUACAGUUAAAAGAUUCGGAUCAUGUACAACAUUUACGAAAAUAUCCGAUAUUGUAUAAAGAAUUUUGCUUUAAUUUCUUUGAUAAAGCCUUUACGAUUUAUAAUCAAAAUGCUAAAUUAUAAAUAUUCUAUUAGUAGUAAUUAGAUCCUUACCUUUCCUUUACAAUUGAACUUAUUUAUUGUAAGUUAUGUAAUUCGAUAAAUAAAUACAGAAAUGUGAGAAUUUUUCACCAGAUGGAGCUAUCGUAUAGAUUUAAAAUAGAUGGCAGCACAUUAGGAAAGCCGGCAAAAAUUAAAUGAAAACGAACACCACAAUGGUAAAAUAGUCUGAGAGCAUCUAGAACGACGCUUGAAAAAAGUACUUUUCGAAAAAAAGAGCUGAUUAGAUAAGAAAAUUUUAUGAUUAUCUGAUAAAAAUUUGUGAAAGUUAAACAGUAUUUGGAUUAAGAACGAAGAUAUACAACUACUUUAUUUAGAUUAUCUUACAAGAGGAAUACGAAUAUAUUAAUAUAUAUUUAUAGAAACAAGAUAUUAUACCUGGAUGACAAAAAGAACAAAAUGAAAAUUCUAUUAGUAUAUUUAUUAAUAAUUGGUUUACAAGAGAUAUUUUGUAAGGUCGAACUACCAAAGUUUAAACAAUUAAAACUUCUUUAUCCUGGAUACGACCGAUUCGGAGGCAAUUACAAUAACUCUAAAAUUAAGAAAACAAUAGGUAAUCAAGCACCUAAACUGAGAAUACACAAUACGGCGUCAUUGAGGUUAUCUUAUACACUUAACCGCUACUCUGGACGACAUACAAUCGAAAAUCCGCCGAGCUAUAUAGUGGGAAAGAACAGAAAGCGUUAUAUCUACAAAGUAACUGAAUUUUCAAAAUAUCUCUCUGAGAAAUAUGGAGAUCCAUUAGUUAUUAAGGAUGCAAAUAAAAUAAAAGAUCAACAGGGUAUAUUAAUAGUUUUCUCAACUGGAAGAAGAAAUUACAUUGGACUAUGGGAUUGUGGAAAAGUAUUUCAAUCAAGAAAUAUAUUUAGAAGGAAGCGUAAUAUAAGAAAAAUUGAAUUUUGGUCAAGUCCGGAUUCGUUCUGCUUCAAAACAAACAAAUCAUCAGUCUUUAAAAGGAUUCCCCUUAAAUUUGGUAAAGGGAAGAAGGCUUAGAUUUCUCAUUACUUGUUUUCCCCCUACCACUACUACAGUUCCUCCCAUCUACACAACGCUAUAGUCUCGCUUCUAAAACUUGCAAAAAUGUUCUCCUUAUUUCUUCUUUGUUCUUAUGUUUUACAGUUGGCUGUCUAGUCAUAAACUUAUUAUACUGUAUUAAAUGAAAAUAAGAAUAAAAUAAGUAUCUAGUAUUAUUAGAUGUUAUGAUAGUAGCGUAUAUCUUAUUUGUUGCUUUCUCUUGCACCAGAGGUCACUGCUGUGACUGUAUUAUACCUACAUAAGUGAACAAGCAA